UUGUAAGCGCCAAAACGAACGCACUAUAGAAACUUCCGUCCAGUUCGUCAACGACUAACGUAGUUCUCCUCAUAGCUAGGUUGAUCGUGCUUACGCUUCCUUUCAACGCGUGUCGUUCUUUUAGCAAAAUGGCACCUAAACCGAAGCCUACAGAUAAAGCAGGCAAGCCUGCAGAAAAGAAAGCUGAAAAGAAGACCGAGAAGAAGCCAGCCACUGCAGCUUCCAGUGGCAAAGUGACAAAGCCUGCAGCCAAGCCUGCUGCUGCGAAGAAGCCAGCAGCUUCCAAACCGGCAGCAGCUGCCAAGCCUGCAGCCAAGCCUGUAGCGAAAACUGUACUCAAACUUGCUAGCAAGCCAUUGAUUAGCAAGCCUAAGAAAAAUAUACAAGCUGCGAAAAAGACUCCCAAGGGUGGAAAGCCAGCAGUGCCUCUUCAGAAAGCUCUUAAGGCACAGAAAAAGAUCCUGAAGGGAGUACAUGGUUCGAGAGUAAGGAAAAUCAGGACAUCCGUCCAUUUCCACAGGCCCAAGACCCAGAGACCGUCGAGGACUCCUAAAUAUGCGCGCAAAUCGGUACCCAACAGGAAUCGUAUGGAUGCUUUCAACAUCAUCAAGUAUCCUUUGACGACGGAAGCGGCUAUGAAGAAGAUCGAAGAUAACAACACUUUGGUCUUCAUAGUCCAUAUACGUUCCAAUAAGUAUCACAUCAAGGCGUCGAUCAAGAAACUUUACGACGUCGACGUGGCAAAAGUUAACACCCUCGUUAGGCCAGAUGGCAAAAAGAAGGCUUAUGUGCGUUUAACGCGCGAUUAUGAUGCAUUAGAUGUUGCGAAUAAGAUUGGUAUCAUAUAAAUUUCCAUCUCACUUGUAUAAAAUCUGUACUGAUAAUAAAGUAUCAAUACGGUAAGUUGAAUUCUUCAA